GCAGCGGGUAUAAAAGCCAAAGCCAUAAAAUUGAGAUGAUGCAGUCUCACAAACAUUCCCCAAGGCAGUAGAUAGCGAAGAUGUUGGUCACCAAAACUCUGGAAUAUCUGUUUUAUUUGGCCCUUUUCGCCUUCAUGUGCAAAUACGCACAGGCAGCGAGCGUGCAAUCCACGGAAGCGCCUGCAGUUGCAACGGCAACCCUGAGAAAACCCCAAAAGGCGGAGGGCCUUCUAAAUGGCUGUGAGGCGUCUUCGUUCAGUUGGAUGUGCCUCAAGAUCGAGUUUGUCAAGAUCAUGGAAAAGCUAGCCGAACAGGAGGAACUGAACGUUUUGCCCGGCAUCAGCGUGGUUAAGGAUGACAAUGCCACGGAACUAAAGACAUCGGAACUAAUGGCAGAAGUGGCUCGCAGCUAUCCCAGUGAUCCCAGCACUCGUUUGAAUGGCUACAUAGUCGCCAAGCUGGAGAAUCUACUGAAAACGCGCUUUCUUCGGUUUCGCCUGCUGGAUGACAAGUCCCUGCAGGAGGGGCGCAAGCACAAAUUUGGAAAGAAAGGAGGAUUGGAGGCCCUGGUGGCUGCCGGAGUGAUGAUGAAGGGCAUGCUUAUGGCCAUGGGCCUUGGGGCCAUCGCUCUGAUGGCCGGAAAGGCUCUGAUGACAGCUCUGAUGGCCUUGACUCUGUCUGGAGUUUUGGGACUCAAGAGCUUGGCCGGUGGCGGAAAGUCCACCACCUACGAGAUUGUGGCCAAGCCCAUUUACACCUCCAGCCACUCGCAUUCCGUGACCCACGAGGAUGGAGGUCAUGGACAUAGUGCCCACUUUGCCGCUGGGGGAGGUGGUGGUGGCACCGCCAGUGGUUUCGGGUAUGGAGGCUAUGCCAGGUCACUCAAAGUGGAUCAGUCAGCCAACCAAAUCCAAUAAUUCUAGGCCUGAGCACACAUGUGUAACAUAAUCUCAUAAUUUAUUUAUUUAUUUUACUUUAAAAACGGAAACAAAAUUAAAAAAAUUCAGCAGUAAAAUCUUUCAUUUAGUUUAUAUCAUGGAAUAUUUUCCAUAAGAAAAUCGCGAAACAGAAACCAGCGUUAUCAGAUGACAUGCUAACUAAAGCUUUACAUAAUUAAGCAAUCUAUAAAUCUACUUACAAGUGCGAUAGUUCCUAUUACAUGGUUCUUGUCCUCAAAACAUAUAUCGAUUUAUUUCGUAAAAGAUAUCUCAAAUAUUCACAAUUAUAUCAUGUUAAUAAUUGAAAAUCUUCAAUUUCUAAUCUCUAAAUAAAAAUAUACGAUCCUUUGACACCACCUAGGCAAAUAAAGAAUUAAUGGAUUAGCAAAACAUAA